AUGGACUGGUUCUCGUCAAAUUUUAUCCGGGCCUAUCCUUAUCUAAAAAAUGUUCAGCUCCUGUCCUCCGGGAACCAUUCGGAAAUCUCGUUGUUCAAGGAGCUGCACCAGCGGAACGAUUACGUUGCGUUGUACUUCCUCGGCGAUCGUUCUUCUUUCUGCCGUUUGUUCAGCGAACAGUUUGGGCGCUUUGUGGAGGCGCUGGUUCGAGCCUUGGUGCAGGACCCAUUCGCGGCACGCCGGCAGUCCGAUUCGAGUUCCGCCAUUCCGAAGGUAGCGUCGAUCAUCAUUGGUAGUGAUAAAGACUUUACUUUGUUGUCCUGCCCUUAUUCGUUGUACAUCUUACCGGCUGCGGAGACAAAAGCUAAGAGUGCGACGUAUUCUUUGGACUCCAAUGUCACGUUUUUCAAGAUCAAGGCGCUGCUGUUGAAAGUGCGCAGCCGAAUGGUUUUGGCGCUAAAAAAGUAUCGCUGCACUGUUUGGAAUCAUGGAAUGGCCAUCGAAACUUUGCUAGCCGCUUUUUACUGUUCGGCGUUGACUGCGGAGGCGCUUUCGACGACCACCACCAUUGGAAAGAUGUUUUUGUGCAAUCUGGCUGCUGUCGUUCGGUCGUCGAUGUUUUGA